AUGACGACUCCAAUUCCUGAAGAGCUUCACGAAACUUUUGUAAAUGAAGCAAAUGCCUACAUUGCCGGCUUUGUCUCAUUAAUUGCUAAUUUAGUUCUGAUUUAUGUCACUUCAAAAGUUAAAACGUAUUCCAAAGAGUUCCAAUGGACACAGUACUAUGUGGCAAUUCUAAGGCUCAUAUUUUCAAUGGUAGUUGUAGUGACAUCACCGACAUUAGUCUAUGUCUCAAAAAUGAAAUCAUUGUACAUUGUAAAAGGCGGAUUCUUUUUGCCAUUUGAUAUGGGAACAUUUUUCCUCACUCUAUUUGUAUUUUUUGUUGUUAUUUCAUGUUGUUCGCCAACGAUUCAAUAUCUGCAAAUUUGUCACGUUUUAUCCGACAAUGGUCACAAGAACCCCAAGUUUGGUCCAAUUAUCUCUACAAUUUCCGUAAUUUUUGGAAUUCCCACUCUCAUACUUGUCUAUUUUGGAUAUACACCAUCUCCGGAAGAAGCCACGGAAGCCAAGCAAAUUGUAUAUUAUUUAAAUGGGGAGGGUGAUAGUGCUUUUCUCAUGAUCACUGCUAAAAGAGGAGGUACUAUUGAUUGGACAUCAAUUAUUUGUACGGUUUACAUCUUUGUUAUUAUGAUUUCUUCGUCGAUUACUGUAUUUAUAUGUGCAAUUAACAUUUAUAAACAAAUGAAAAAGAAGAUGCUGAGCGAUGCUGCGAAGAAAUCCCAGCAGCAAAUUAAUUUGAUUCUGCUUCUUCAGUUCUUAUUUCCAUUUCUUCUUAUCCAUAUCCCGUUUUAUGAAUCGUUUAUAUUUCCAAUUUUUAAUAUCGAAAAUCCAUUUCUAGCAAAUAAUUUGCCGUUUUUGUUUUCCUGGUGUCCGGCUAUCAAUCCAAUUUUGGUUAUGGUCAUGGUUAAGAAUGUGCGUGAUAGAUUACUAUGCAGAUCAGCCGGCUCGAAAAUCUCAUCAAGUAAUAUGAUUCAAGUACGCCAGCAAUCACAAGUGGUCAGCUCACGUCUGAAAUGA